GCAUACUCCUUAGAUAAAGCCCAAGUGCAACUGUUUUCUCUCUCUAGCAUUCUAUUUGGGAAAUCGAUCUCUAUAAUUCUGUGAGGUAAUUAAGGAAAAAAAUGGCUGAAAUUGUUGAAGGGCCGGCCAUCGGGAUAGAUCUUGGAACUACUUACUCAUGCGUGGGGGUUUGGAAACACGAUCAGGUUGAGAUUAUAGCAAAUGAUCAAGGAAACAGGACGACGCCGUCUUGUGUUGCAUUCACCGAUACGCAGCGUUUGAUUGGUAAUGCCGCGAAGAAUCAUGCCACCAUGAACCCUGUUAAUACUGUUUUCGAUGCUAAACGUCUAAUUGGACGAAAAUUCAGCGACGUCCAUGUUCAAAGUGACAUGAAGCUAUGGUCAUUCAAAAUUACACCCGAUCCAGAUGACAAACCCAUGAUAAAAGUAACUUACAAAUGUGAAGAGAAACAAUUCUCUGCAGAAGUAAUCUCCUCAAUGGUCCUCAUAAAAAUGAAAGAAACCGCAAAUGAUUACCUCGGCACUACCAUUAAAAAUGCUGUUGUCACUGUCCCUGCCUACUUCAACGAUUCUCAGAGACAAGCCACCAAAGAUGCCGGAGUCAUCGCCGGUCUCAACAUCAUGCGAAUAAUCAAUGAGCCAACUGCGGCCGCAAUCGCGUAUGGUCUUGACAACAAAAACAGUAGCAAUGGUGAGAAAAAUGUGCUCAUAUUUGAUCUCGGGGGCGGAACAUUCGACGUCUCUCUAUUAAACAUAGAAGAGGAUAUAUUUGAGGUUAAAGCUACGGGCGGAGAUACCCAUUUGGGGGGUGGGGACUUCGAUAAUAGAAUGGUGACCUAUUUUAUUGAGCAAUUCAAGAAGAAGCACAAGAAGGAUAUUAGUGGGAACCCAAAAGCUUUAAGGAAGUUAAAGUUGUUUUGUGAAAGAGCUAAGAGGAAUCUUUCGUCGACAACUGAAACUACGAUCGAGAUGGAUGCAUUACAUGAGGGGAUUGAUUUUCACUCGACCCUUACUCGGGCCAAGUUCGAGCAGUUGAACAUGGAUUUGUUCAUGAAGUGUAUGGAGCCAGUGGAGAAGUGUUUGACGGAUGCCAAAAUGGACAAGAGCAGUGUCCACGAAGUCGUUCUUGUUGGUGGGUCCACUAGGAUUCCCAAGGUCCAGCAAUUGUUGCAGGAUUUCUUCAGUGGGAAGAAGCUUUGCAAAAGCAUUAACCCAGAUGAGGCUAUAGCUCGAGGUGCCACGAUUCUGGCCACGAAUUUGAGUAGCGAAGGGAAAGUGAAGGUUCAGGAUUUAGUGCUAUUGGAUAUCACUCCGCUUUCCAUUGGUACGGACUUACACGAUGGGCUUAUGGAUGUUUUAAUUCCGAGAAACACCAAAAUUCCAACGAAGAAAGAGGAAAUUUAUUCUACUGCCAGAGAUUACCAAACUUCUAUGUCUUUUGGAAUCUAUGAGGGGGAAAGAACUCAAUACGAAGACAACAACUUGUUGGGCAAAUUUGUCUGGUCUGGAAUUCCUCCGGCUCCAAAGGGAGUCCAAAGUUUCAACGUCUGUUUCGACAUCGAUGUGAAUGGUAUUCUGAAUGUGUCAGUGGAGAACAUAAUUACCAAACAGAAACACGAGAUCCUGAUCAAUAAGGGUAGGCUGUCGACGAAAGAGAUAGAGAAAAUGGUACAGGAGGCUGAGAAGUACAAGUCGGAAGACGAGGAGCACAAGAAGAAAGUGGAGGCGAAGAACGCGUUAGAGAAUUACACUUAUGACGUGAGGAAUACUAUUAAGGAUGACAAGAAUGGCGCGAAAAUUCCUCUGGCUGACAAGGAGACAAUUGAAGCUGCGAUUGAGCAGGUGACUCUCUUGUUGGAUGAGAAUCAGCUCGCGGAGACGAAGGAGUAUGAGAAUAAGAUGAACGAACUGAGGCGAAUUUGCAACCGAAUAAAUAAAUACUAAGAUGUAGCAAGGUGCCGUGGUGGUACGGGCCGAGGAAUGGGCAACGGUGGUCCUCCUUUUUGUGGUGGAAGCGGUGUUGGACGGAUGGAGUCCCAUAUUCUUCAGUGGGAAUAUAUUUUUGCGUUCUCUUUUUAUCCGCAUGCACUUCUCUUUCAAUCUUUUUUUAUUUAUUUAAAAACACAAGAUUAUCCUUACAUUUUAAUUAAGCUCUUCACUCAUGAUGGGCACUUUCGAAACUUCAUAUGAAUAAAGGCCGAAAAAAGAGUACGUACGGAUAAAAGGAGAGUGCGAAAAUUGCUUUCCUCUAAAGUUUGAGUUUUUCAGUCAUCCCUAUGUCCGCUCUGGAAACUAAUUACAUAUACCUUUUGGGUAUUUCCUUUCACUAGUUUUUUGUUUUCGGUUUUUGGUUUUGCUUCAUGAACACUAUUAAUUUCUCCAUAUUCACUGCGUCAUCUCCUGCAAGUAGAUGGAGAAAAUAUUAUGUGAAAUGUUAUCUAUAUCUGCUUUUGUCAUUA